CACGCGGAGAAACAGUGUGUUUAACAGAGACUGAAGCACACGGAUAAACAGUGUGUCUAACAGGAAGUGGUGAUUUAGUAAACAUGAGUGUUGUGCUGCUCUCGUUGGUGAAGCAGCGACUCACUGCGGCUGCUGAAGACAUCUUUGUUCUGUUUGAAAGAACGAUAGCAGAGUACGAGGAGGAACUGUCUCGUUCAAAACAGGAGAACGAGAGACACCGGAAACUACUGGACGCUGUUUUACAGCCUCAGCUUCAGAUCCACAGAGCAGACGUCCAGCAGCUGGUGGUGGUUAAAGAAGAGGUUCCCCCUGAGCAGCAGGAGUGGAGCUCCAGUCUGGACCAGGAGAACCCACAGCCCCCCCCACACAUUAAAGAGGAACAGGAGGAACUCCGGAGCAGUCAGGAGGGAGAGCAGCUUCAAGGGCUGGAGGAGGCUGAUAUCACCAAGUCCACAUUCACUCCUGUCCCUGUGAAGAGUGAAGAUGAUGAAGAGAAACCUCAGUCCUCUCAGCUUCAUCAAAGACAAACUGAACACCUGGAAACAGAAGCUGAUGGAGAGGACUGUGGAGGACCAGAACCAGCCAGGAACUCAGAUCCAGAGAGACAUUUACAACCAGAGACUGAGGACAACCCUGGAGACUCUUCUGAACCUGACACUGAGGACAGUGCUGAUUGGAAGGAGACCAGAGAACCAGAACCAGUUUCAAACUCUCAGAAAUAUAAACAAGACCCUGUCAGUGAUUCAAGACGUAGUACAGGAGAGAGACCAUUCAGCUGCUCAGUCUGUAAGAAAACUUUUACAUGGAGAGGAAGUUUAAGGAUGCACGUUAUAAUCCACACAGGAGAGAAACCAUUCAGCUGCUCAGUCUGUAAGAACACUUUUACACAGAGAGGAAGUUUAAAGGAACACAUGAGAAUCCACACAGGAGAGAAACCAUUCAGCUGCUCAGUCUGUAAGAAAUAUUUUACACAGAGAAGACUUUUAAAGAGACACAUGAUAAUCCACACAGACGUCCAGCAGCUGGUGGUGGUUAAAGAAGAGGUUGCCCCUGAGCAGCAGGAGUGGAGCUCCAGUCUGGACCAGGAGGACCCAGAGCCCCCCCCACACAUUAAAGAGGAACAGGAGGAACUCUGGAGCAGUCAGGAGGGAGAGCAGCUUCAAGGGCUGGAGGAGGCUGAUAUCACCAAGUUCACAUUCACUCCUGUCCCUGUGAAGAGUGAAGAUGAGGAAGAGAAACCUCAGUCCUCUCAGCUUCAUCAAAGACAAACUGAACACCUGGAAACAGAAGCUGAUGGAGAGGACUGUGGAGGACCAGAACCAGCCAGGAACUCAGAUCCAGAGAGACAUUUACAACCAGAGACUGAGGACAACCCUGGAGACUCUUCUGAAGACACUAAAGACGACCCUGGAGACUCUUCUGAACCUGACACUGAAGACAGUGGAGAUUCAAAGGAGCCCAGAAAACCUGUGUCAGCUUCAAAGUCUGCAAAAAAUAAACAAGACCCUGUCAGUGAUUCAACAAGUAGUGCUAGAGAGAAACGCUUUAUAUGCUCUCAGUGCGGGAAAGAAAAUUGCAGCAAGUUACAUCUGAAUAGACCCAUGAGCACCCACACAGGAGGGAAACCAUUCAGCUGCUCAGUUUGUAACAAUUAUUUUACACAGAAAUCAAGUUUACAGACACACAUGAAAAUCCACACAGGAGAGAAACCAUUCAGCUGCUCAGUCUGUGACGAUUCUUUUACACAGAAAGGAAAUUUAAAUAGACACAUGAGAAUCCACACAGGAGAGAAACCAUUUAGCUGCUCAGUCUGUGAGAAGUCUUUAAAACAUAGAGGAGAUUUAAAGAGACACAUGAGAAUCCACACAGGAGAGAAACCAUUCCAUUGUAGUGUUUGUCAUAAAAGAUUUAUCCGGUGUAAUCUGGUCAAAAGCCAUAAGUGUGUUGGUCGUCAGUCCUCACAGCUUCAUCAAACUCAAACUGAGGAGAACAGAGAGGCGUUUCCUGCAGACGUCCAGCAGCUGGUGGUGGUUAAAGAAGAGGUUCCCCCUGAGCAGCAGGAGUGGAGCUCCAGUCUGGACCAGGAGGACCCAGAGCCCCCCCCACACAUUAAAGAGGAGCAGGAGGAACUCUGGAUCAGUCAGGAGGGAGAGCAGCUUCAAGGGCUGGAGGAGGCUGAUAUCACCAAGUCCACAUUCACUCCUGUCCCUGUGAAGAGUGAAGAUGAUGAAGAGAAACCUCAGUCCUCUCAGCUUCAUCAAAGACAAACUGAACACCUGGAAACAGAAGCUGAUGGAGAGGACUGUGGAGGACCAGAACCAGCCAGGAACUCAGAUCCAGAGAGACAUUUACAACCUGAGACUGAGGACAACCCUGGAGACUCUUCUGAACCUGACACUGAAGACAGGGUUGAUUGGAAGGAGACCAGAGAACCAGAUUCAAACUCUAAGAGAAAUAAACAAGACCCUGUCAGUGAUUCGAGACGUAGUGCAGGAGAGAAACCAUUCAGCUGCUCAGUCUGUAAGAAAUCCUUUCCAGAGUAUCGCCGUUUAAAGAAACACAUGAUAAUCCACACAGGAGAGAAACCAUUCAGCUGCUUAAUCUGUAAGAAAUCUUUUACAGUGAGAGAAAGUUUAAAGGACCACAUGAGAAUCCAUUCAGGUGAGAAACCAUUCAGCUGCUCAGUCUGUAACGAUUCAUUUAGACAUAGAGUUAGUUUAAAGAAACACAUGAUAAUCCACACAGGACAGAAACCAUUCAGCUGCUCAGUCUGUAAUAAACCUUUUGCUGGGAGAGGAGAUUUAAAUGAACACAUGAUAAUCCACACAGGAGAGAAACCAUUUGGCUGCUCAGUCUGUAAGAAAUCUUUUACACAGAGUGGAAGUUUAAAGGAUCACAUGAGAAUUCAUACAGGAGAAAAACCAUUCAGCUGCUCAGUUUGUAAUACAUCUUUUGCACUGAGAGGAAGUUUAAAGGAUCACAUGAUAAUCCACACAGGAGAAAAACCUCACAGCUGUGAUCAAUGUGGGAAAACAUUUUCUCGACGUAGUAACCUCAAAGUCCACCAACACGUUCACGCUGCAGACCUUUAAUAAUUCUCCAUGGAGCUAGCUAGCUGAUUCCUCUUGCUUGCACUCUGAUAGUAGUCGUGAUUGAAAACUACUGAUUGCUUGAGUUCCUCUUGGGUCUUUUUCUUAUGACCAUUUCUGUAUAAAGUAUAUUCUUUGUGUUAAUUCUGUGUAUUAUUAUAUAUUACUCGAAUUUGCAGAAGUGCGCACCAGACAAACUCCUACCACAUCCUGUAGAGAUGCAUUUCCUGAUAUAGCUAACAUUUUUUUCCACGAAACUGUGUCUCGGGGCUUCUUAACAUUUAAUAAACUAUCAAUGUGUCAUACCUACUUAACGGGA